UGGAACAGGACGUGAACAGCAGUGGUGACCCGUCACACUCAGUCUAAUACAACACAACAGCAGCUCAUUUUCAGCAGGUUAUAUCUAUAACUGCAGUAUGCAUUUCCUCUGGAUUCUGAGCUUGCUGUUCAGCUAUGGAGUAUCAGAGAGCUCGACCAAGAUAGCAGUGGAGUUUGGACAAAAUGUGACUCUUAACUGUUCUUUUGCUGAAGAUGAUAUUUAUUGGUUCAUACAACGCCAGUCUGAGCCUCCUGUGUACAUACUGCGCUCUUUAGUGAGAACUAAUGCUCACGCUCUCUUCAACAAGCAAAAACAGAGGGAAUUUAAGAGGAAAUACUCACUGCAAACAUUUGGUAGGCUAGUUAUUCACAAUGUAACCAGUUCUGAGCUUGGUUCAUACUACUGUAGAGGACUAAAGGACCCGCUCACAUUCAGCAAUGCCACCACACUCAUGGUAGAAGAGGACCAUCAUUCUGUGUGCAAUGUAACAAGGAUAGAGCCUCAGCAACCUCGGCCAUGGCCACAGGACUCUCUGAAAUCAUUGACAUCUUUGCCCUUUAUUGUAUCGUGUCUUCUCAACUGUAUCCUCAUCAUUCUUCUCUUAGUGUUGGCGGUCAAGAGAUGUUCAACUCAGAAGAAGAAGAGCACAAGUGUGGAGCCACCUCAGGACUCUGACUCUCUUCACUAUUCUGCUUUAGACCUUCCCUCACCCCCAAGACCAUCUCAGCCCAGAAACAUCAACAGCACUUGCCCAUCUCAGCCCAGUAACAUCAACAGCACUUACGCUUUAAUCCAGCUCCCAGCCCGGGUCUGACUGACACUGCAUGCUAAGCUUUCAGGCAAACGUGUAGAAAAUCGUUGGUAGUACUGCAUGAUCAGAACGAAAUGUGAAGGAGAGUGACCAAAACGAAAUAUGAUACACAUUAUAAAAUGUACAUUACUCAAAUCAGAUUUAUAUCAAUGUUGUUUACUGUAAUCCAUAAUGUUUUGAUGACUAAAAUAAGCUAUUGUUUUUACAAUAAACUAAUUUAUU